AUGUACCUAAAUGGGCAAAGGCAAUUUAGAUGGGAUACAAAGAAAAGAAUUGAGAAGUUACAGUAUGUGGUCAAGUCAUAUGAGGAAGGGUUUCUUCCAAAAGAGAAUAUAUCUGUUGGGAAAUACAAAACAAUGCCAGAUAAUCCAUCAUUAAGGGAUCUUAGUUUUGCUAACAGGGUAGAUAGUCACAUUAAAGCUACAAGGAAAGCUGCUGAGAGGCUUCUGGAGCAACUGCAAAACAGGAAAGUCGAGCUUUUUGACAGCCACAUGGAGCUGGAGAAGUGGGCAGAAAAUGAAAAUAAAGUUGUAAGCCAAUUCAUUGAAGAAGUAUCUGAGUUGAAGUUCAAAGUAACCAUGAUUGGGGACGAUGUUGCAAAUACAGCUAAACAGCUCAACAAACGACAUUCUAGUGCAGAUCUCUCUAAUUUUGAAUCAAAAAGGAAAUGA